AUGUGUCUUCAACGGGACGACGAUGGUUAUUACAUAGAUGCGGCGAUACCAAUGGUGCAAUUACCAGUGCUGGGUCCGGAGCCGGCAUUGAAUUCAAGCCCGGGUGGGGCAGCCAAGCCGCCGCCACUCAACGCUUUCGAGCUGGACCGCUGUUUGGAUAGAGAGGAGACCCGGUGGGGCGGAGACGCUAGGCGUCGCAGGCGUAGCUCGCCUCCGCGACGCUCCCCGCCACCUAACAAUGAGCCAUUGUCACUUGCACGAGCAAGUGCCCCAACCUCCCCCACUGGAGGCUCAGCCCAGUCCAGCCCAGCCCCGGUCUCCCCCGCGGGCAGCAACAGUGCGCCCCCACGUUCCCCACUCCCACUAGUGGCCCAAGAUCUGCUAGCCAUGCAGCUGCUGGACCAGCACUCGCAGUUGCAAGCGCUGAUGAAGCAGAGACUGUUCCAUCAGCAUCAUAUGCAGAAACAGCACAUGACAUCGGAAGCUGCUAAGCGGCAGUUAGAACAAUCACGGCUCCAGGACCAAAUCAACCUGAAUUUGCUCUCACAGUCCCAUCUCCAGCCACCUGAUAGUUCUCCCGGCUCUCUACAACAACAACUGGGCGCGCAACAACAACAGCUUGUCCAGCAGCUGCAGGCAGUGCAACGUCAGUACUUGAUGCAUGCACCGCUUUCUGUACCGCCUAAUGCACCACCAGGUCUAAUGCUAUGGAGCAACGAGUUAGAGGAACACCCGCUAUUCGGUCGCGGCGUGUGCAAAUGGCCCGGCUGCGACGCUUUAGCCGAAGACUUUCAAGCUUUUCUCAAGCACCUAGAAGGCGCACACACCCUGGACGACCGCUCGGCGGCACAAGCACGUGUUCAGAUGCAAGUGGUGGCGCAGUUAGAGUUGCAACUCCGACGUGAAAGAGACCGUCUCGCCGCCAUGAUGCGUCACUUGCACGCUGCACGCGACCAUCACGCUAAACUGCCUCAUGGUCCAGCAAGUGAAGGGGCUUCCCCGGGGCCGGUGCGGCGCCGCGUCUCCGACAAAUCUGGUGUCGCUAUUGCUGGAGGUCUUCCUUAUAUGCUCGAAAGAGCUGGAUUAGAUGUUCAACAAGAGAUUCAACGUAACCGUGAGUUCUACAAGACCGCAGAUGUACGUCCGCCAUUUACAUACGCCUCACUAAUUCGGCAGGCAAUAAUAGAAUCGCCAGACAAACAACUCACUCUGAACGAGAUUUACAACUGGUUCCAGUCCACUUUCUGCUACUUCAGACGUAACGCUGCCACUUGGAAGAACGCGGUCCGCCACAACCUAUCACUUCACAAGUGCUUCAUGCGCGUGGAAAACGUGAAGGGAGCGGUGUGGACGGUGGACGAGGUGGAGUUCUACAAGCGACGGCCGCAGCGAGCGCACGCGCCGCCCUUACACGCCGGGUUUAUGGGAGCGCAAAGUCCGCCGAUGAUGACUAGCCCUCACAGUUACAGUGAAGCACUCAAACGAAACCUUCAGGGUAUGAUGGAAGAUUGUAACUUGUCCUACAUGUCCGGGGACGAUCACAUGAUGCAAUCUGAGGAGUAUCCAUCUUCACAUGAAGAUUACAGUCGGCCACCAAUAAUGAAUGGCUACGGGAGCAGCUCCUCCCACGAAGUGAAAGCCGAAGACCUCAGUGCCGGAGACACACAAGACAUCAAACCUAACUUGUACGCCCUCAAAAAUGAAAUGCAAGCUUCUGAUUAUUCAAAUAAAGGAGAUUAUCAAAAUUCCACAAAGGAAUCGUCUAGCAAUCGUUCUAGCGAGACCAGCCCUUACGACGAUUACCGCACAGACGACAGAUACCGCCCGUCCAUAUCACAUAUCAAGGACGAAGCAGAAAACUUGUCCUUAAACGAACAGAGAUCUGACAAA